AUGUUAUGGUGCAUGUGGAUGAAGGAUUCUCAGAAGUGUCUUAUUAUUCAUAAUGACUUUGGAAUGGAGAGAAGAUUCAAGUCUAGGGCGGUUACGGCUUUUUACCUGGCUAUCUGCUGUCCUAAGUCCUCAGGUGAGAGGAAGAGGAGGCUGCAUUCGCACAGAAACGUUCAUCCAUUCUUCACAUUUUUAUUUUCUAAAAGUUCAAUAACUAAUAGUGGUUUUGUCGAGGACACGGAAAGAGGCUUGGCACGAUCAUUAACCCUAACAAAUGGUGUGACAAUGAUUAUUGGAUGUAUCAUAGGCUCUGGAAUAUUCGUAAGUCCUCAAGGAGUCCAAGAAGGAGCUGGUUCUGUGGGAUCAUCAAUAAUUAUAUGGAUUGUGUGUGGUGUUUGGUGUACUGUAGGUGCUUACUGUUAUGCUGAAUUGGGAACGCUCAUUACAAAAUCUGGAGGGGAUUAUGCGUAUCUGAUGGAAGCGUUUGGUCCUUUCAUUGCAUUUCUUCGUGUCUGGAUUGAAGCCAUAGUAGUCAGACCAUGUGCUAUUACUGUAAUGGCUUUGACUUUUUCCCUAUACCUGCUACGGCCGAUAUUUCCCAACUGUAAUCCACCAGCUGGAAGUACAGAACUUAUGGCUGCAGCAAUGAUACUUAUCCUAUGUGGAGUAAACUGUUGGUCGGUUAAAGUGACUGCAGCCGUACAAGAUUGGUUCACAUAUGGAAAAGUUCUAGCCCUGAUUUCAGUCAUAACCACUGGUCUAUACCGUUUGAUUUUUGGUGGCCCACAAUAUCGAGAAUCAUUCGAGCACCUAUUUGAAGGCAAUUUUCGUCACCUAUCAGGACCAGCGGUAGGGUUCUAUUCCGGUCUGUUCGCCUAUCAAGGGUGGACAUGGCUGAAUUUCAUAACAGAAGAGUUGAUCAAUCCAGAAAAAAAUUUACCUCGUGCAAUCUUUAUUUCAAUGACAAUAGUCACUGCCGUCUACGUUCUGUUUAAUAUUGCUCUGUAUGUUGUCAUUUCCCCUGAUGAAAUGCUUAUAACUCCUGCCGUAGCUGGGUUGUUUGCUGAGAAAGAAUUUGGAAGAUUCGCUUUCAUAAUGCCAAUUUUUGUUGCUAUUUCUACUUUUGGAUCAGUGAACGGCCAAAUGCCAGUGAUUUUGACGAUGAUUAAUAAAAAGCAUCGAACUCCUAUACCGUCAGUGAUAUUCACCAGCUUACUUUCUAUUUUUUAUUUAUUAAUAGCUGGACAUAUCUAUGUACUCAUCAAUGCAAGUCAAUGUACAGUAUGGUUGGCUAUUGCUAUUGCUGGGCUAGCAUUGGUCAAACUCCGCUGGACGAUGCCUGAUGCACAUAGGCCGGUAAAGGAUACAGGGAGGGGUUUAGCUAGAACGCUAACCCUAACCAACUGCGUGACCAUGAUCGUUGGUUGUAUUAUCGGCUCGGGUAUAUUCGUUAGUCCUACAGGAGUGCAGGAAGGAGCUGGUUCCGUGGGAUUAUCACUUAUCAUAUGGAUCGUGUGCGGAUUUUGGUGUGCCCUCGGUGCAUAUUGCUAUGCUGAAUUGGGAACGUUGAUUACAAAGUCUGGAGGCGACUAUGCAUACAUAAUGGAGGCGUUUGGUCCUUUCAUUGCCUUCCUUCGUCUUUGGAUUGAAAGCAUCGUGGUCAGACCAGCUGCUUUGGCUAUUGUUGGUAUGACGUUUGCAUUAUACGCAUUACGACCGAUAUAUCCUGAUUGUGACCCGCCGAAAUGGAGUAUAGAACUAUUAGCUUUAGGGAUGAUUGUGAUUUUAUGUGGGAUAAACUGUUGGUCAGUGAAUUUGACAACGUCAGUUCAAGAUUGGUUCACCUAUGCGAAAUUGGCUGCACUCGUCGCCGUAAUCGGGACUGGAGGAUAUCGCUUCUUUUUUGGUGGGUCAAAAUAUCGAGAUUCCUUCGAUAACAUUUUCGAAGGCACAUCUCGCGAUAUCUCGCAACCAGCUGUGGCAUUCUUCUCUGGACUAUACGCCUAUCAAGGAUGGACAUAUUUGAACUUUGUUACAGAAGAACUUAUAAAUCCAAGAAGGAACCUUCCACUGGCAGUAAUGAUUUCAAUGAUCAUUGUCACAUUGGUAUACGUUCUCUACAAUUGUGCUCUGUAUGUCGUUCUUUCGCCCGAUGAGAUGCUUAUAAGUCCAGCAGUAGCAGGCUUGUUUGCUGAGAAGGAGUUCGGGAAGUUGGCAUUUUUGAUGCCGAUUAUCGUCGCCAUUUCUACCGUCGGAUCAGCGAACGGCUUGAUCAUGACAAGCUCGAGGUUGUUCUUCUGUGGUGCACGUGAAGGGCAUAUGCCAGUGAUAUUGGCUAUGAUUAACAAAGAACACAGGACUCCUAUACCGGCUGUGGUUUUUACGUGCCUCGUCGCUGUCGGAUAUUUGUUCACAGCUGGACACAUCUACGUUCUUAUCAAUGCUAGUCAAGUGACAAUUUGGAUAGCAAUUUUCGUGGUUACAUUGGCGUUGUUCAAGCUUCGUUACUCGAUGCCAGAUGCACCGAGAUCUGUAAAAGUCUACAUUAUUGCUCCGAUUAUCUUCACUAUCGGUACAGGAGCACUCAUAGUUCUAUCCGUAAUUGGUGCACCCUUUGACACAGGUUCAAAUGCUUUUGUUAAUUUUUGCGUAUGGCCAAACACAUGGCUUUUUUCCAAUUUUUCAAAAAAAACAAGAAGUUAG